AUGGAAGGAACAUAAAAUUAAAACUAAGAUCGAUAAGAGAGUAUCUAGCAAAAAUUAAGGGAAAAUCUUGAUAUCAUUGCCCUGAAACUUGUAGAUCAAAGUGGAGGUUGCGGUGCUUCUUUUGAUGCGAUUAUAGUUGCUAAGGAGUUUACAGGAAUGAGUUUGUUAAACAGGCAGAAAAGAGUUAAUGAGAUCUUGGCUGAUGAAAUUCCACAAAUUCAUGCUUUUACCAUGAAGACUUGGGAUGAAAACAAAUGGGAAAAAGAAAAGGCUAACCAUGAGUGA